GUGACAGGACGUGACGCAGGUUCUCACGCCGCAGGAGCCACGUGCGGAUCAGAGACGUAUUUCAUUUAAUUAAUGAUUUUUGGGGAAGUGAAGACAAGAUGGUAAAGGUAACCAAGGUAACCAAGGCCCCCCUGAAAGCAGCGGCACGGAGCGCUAGAACCUGCAGGAAAACUGCUCCGGAUGGAGGCGCUCUUAUAGAGAAGGACGAAGGGUUGGCCUUGAUGCCUGGAAAGAAGAGGAAGGCAGAAUCAGGGGAUGUUUCUCCUGCCAAAAAGGCUAAACCAGAGACUGAAGAUUUCUCUGUUUUUGUUGGCAACUUGAUGUCAGGAAACAGCCAGAAAGAAUUCCGAAAGGCUGUGCUGAACCUUUUGUCCAAACACGGCCUCGAAGUUCAGGAUCUUGUGCUGAAUCGCGUCAAGAGGCGUGCUUAUGUGAGCUUAACUUGUGAGGAGCACCUAAAGAAAGCCCUUGAUCUGAACGGGCUGAAUGUCCUGGGUCGGGAACUGAGGGUGGAGAAAGCCAAGAAGGACGUGUUCCGGAGCGGUAAGCGAGAGAGCGACCAGCGCACCCUGUUUUUGAGGGAAGUUCCGUGCUCCGCUAAGAAGGAAGACCUGAAGGAAGUGUUCUGCCAAGCGGUGGACAUCAGAAUACCGAAAAGCCUGUCUGAUGCUCCCAGGGGAAUUGCCUAUUUGGAAUUUGAAACGGAGGCCGUUGCUGAGAAGGUCAUGGCAGAGAAGCAGGGAGCCGAAGUCAAAGGUUGCCCUGUUGUCCUGGAGUGGACGGGGCAGAAAAGAGCCCUUUCUCAGCAGACCCUUGUGGUGAAAAACCUACCUUCCGAUGUGACGAAGGACACCCUCAAGGGAACGUUUGAGAAAGCAGUUGCUGUCAGAUUGCCGAAGAUCAAGGGGGCAUUGAGAGGAUUUGCCUUUGUGGAUUUUGGGAGCAGCGAGGAUGCCAAGGAAGCCAUGGAGCGCUUGAACAACACGGAGAUCAACGGCAGUUUGAUCGUCAUCGAGAUGAGCUCCAAGGCUCGGCCUGGCAAAGAAAACCCUGAUGUGGACCUGAAGAGCCUCUGCGUCAAAGGUCUCUCGGAGAAAACAACAACGAAGGUCCUGAAAGAGGCCUUUCAGGGUUGUAUCAGCGCAAGAGUUGUGAUGAGCAAGGAAUCGUCAAAAAGGUUUGGAUUCGUGGCCUUUAGCAAUGAGAAAGCUUGCCGGAAAGCCAAGAGAGCCAUGGCUCAUUGCGAGAUUGAUGGCAGCAAGGUGGUCCUGGACUACGCCAUGCUCACAGACAAAAGGGGCUGCCGUAAGACUUUUGGUCAUAAAGGUGAACAAGGUGGAGAUAAAGAGCUGCAACAGGGUAAAGAUUUCAAAGCUCAAGGCAAGACACGAAGGAAGAAGGCAAAGUUGGACAGCUGAUUUAUGCCGCUCUCUUGUAGCUGUAAUAGUCUCCAUGUUCUGAUGGAGUCAAAGAAUGCAGUAAAACAUGCCAGCCACAGCAGGUUUGGCUGAAGAGAAGCACCCACAGCCUUGGUUUUAGGCAUGUGUCUGCGGCUAUAGGGGUCAUGUACUUAAUGUUUCUUAAAUAGAGCAGUCUAAACAAACUCUCUGUGAAACUGCUGUAUUUUACCUGUGCAUUUGCACGAUUCAGUUUUACCGAUAUUUUUUUUUUUUUUGUGAGUUUCUUGUUUCAUUUGCAAAUUGUAUAUAAUGUACCAGAGCAUUGAAUAAACCCAGUACUAGG